UAGUACAGGCCUCCCACCACACGAGGUCGCCAUCGGCGUGUCGGUCAACAGAAACACGGAAACUAGUUCAAUGUUUAUCAACGGCUACAUCCUGUUGGUCACAGUUUCUGUUUUCCAACUGAUCUGCAGCUGUUCAUAGUUUAAAACGGUCUAUAUUUUGUCCGCAAAGAUUUGUAGAAUAAACCUCCCUUUGCAGUACAUGUCGACCUGACGGUUCAAGAGACUUUACUCUGAAAGAUCUGCCUGCACGUCCUGGUGGUUGUUCUGGCGGGCUCCAGGGUUAGCAAGUAACCGUUGGCCUGCUGCGAACAGCGAUGACUGCAGACAGAGUUUCUCUUCCUGCGUAUUGACUCAAACCAGAGGGUGUCUUUUCAUCAUGGCGAGUGAAAACAGCGAAACCAACGCAGUGAACGGAGAUGAGACUGUUCCCUCAUCCGAGACAAACGAGCAUGACUAUGCCCACGACUCCGCGGACGGUAACCUAACUUCCACGGAGGCGUCCUCCUCAGGUGCACCAGCUGCUAACGAGGCUGUCAGUGCAGAGAGCUUCACGACAGCGGCCGAACCUGAGCCCAGCUCCUUGGGGCAGCAUACCCAGCCGGUGGAGCUUCCCGAACAGGCUGUUGGUGCGGAGGUGGACUGCCCCGGUGGAAACGAUGUGGAGGCGUUUCCUCCAGCGAACACAGAAGAGGUAUCCCAUAAGACAGACCCAUGUAUACUGGCUGCUACGGCCUCGCCCGCUCUGCGAGUCGGUCGCCGUAGACCCAGGCGGCCCGAGGACAACAACUGCUCCGCCUGCCACUCUCAGUUCGAGCGGCAGGGCCGCAGCUUCAACCGGAGGGCGGUGUACACCUUCUCCACCCCGGAGACGGUGCAGUGGGCAUUCCCGGGCGCCUCUGUGCACGAAAAGUCCUUCGUGUGUGAGACCUGCGCCCAGGUCAUCAGGAGCAGCUGUAAACGCAGACAGAGUGGGAAGCGGACUCUGUGGGUGAUGCCGCCUCAGACAAAACAGUCAGACGUGAGGGACAAGAAGAAGAAAGGCCGCAGGAUGGGGAAGAAGAGCAAAGCGGCCCUGCUGGUGAGCAAGUCCUGUUACAAGGCUGCCUUCAAAAUGCUCUGGUCAGCCAAAGGUGCCCGAAAGCCAAUGAUGGAUUUCUGGAGCAAACAGCUGAAAGAGGAGAUGAAGGCGCUGACACGGCAGACGGAUAAUCCUUUCCAUCAAAAAGUGACAAGCAGGAAGCCACUGUCAUGCUUCCCCUGGCGGCGUUGUCUGACCUGGGCCCAGGAAAAGGCUCCCCUCGUCACCGCCUGCCUGACCUCACUGUUCCCCGACAUCAACAGCCUCUCCAAGAGCAGCAACCAGAUGUCGGAGGAACAGGCCCAGACGCUGCUGGAGCGACGGACCGUGGUGGCGCUCUCCCUCCCGCUCUUCACCAGGAACAUCUGGAAGAACAACUUCCUGCAGGCCGCUCUGGGGGCCGAGCUCCGCCUGCAGGGCUGCUCCGGCUCCGCUCUUGACGCCCUGAACACGAUGGGACUAUGUCAGAACAAAGACACCGUCAGGUUACUGCUGCACAGGCUCCGAAACGGCAAGAAGUCGAACGGACGACAGAGGAUGAAGAUGAAACUAGAGCAGAUGAAGGGAGAACAUAUGAUGGAUGAGGAGGAGGAAGAUGACAUCGAGGAGGAGGAGGAGGAGGAAGAAGAAGAGGAGGAGAAUAAUGAGGAAGAAGAAGACGACGACGAGGAAGAGGAGGAAGAAAUGGAGAUGGCGGUGGAGGAGGUGGAAGUUGAAGAAGUGCAAGUGGGACUCCAAGAGGAUGAAGAGGAGGAGGAGCAAGCAGUGGAGGAAAAGGUAGAGUUGGAAAAGAAGCGGAGGAAGAAGAAGGCGAAGAAGCAGAGAAAGGAGGAGAAGAGGAAGGAGAGGGGGAAACGAAGGGGGAAAGACAGGGACACGGAGGAAGAGUCAGAUGAUGAAGAGUCGGAGCAGAAGAAGAGGCGGGUGGUGGUGGUGAGGCUCGGCCUGCUGAAGGGACACUCAGAGGUCGGACGAUCCGACCUAUCAGCUCCCUGAGACUCUGCAGGCUCCGCCCAAUAACUAAAUAGACCCCACCUCUAAUCAGAGAGCAGGACAGAAAAGUCCCUCCCUCUUCUCCGGGGGGUGUUGAAAGGGAUUCUGGGAAUUGGAAGAGGGCAGAAACUGUGGAUGGAAACUAGCGAGAGCUUUACUUUAUAUUGUUAUUUUGACGUUAAAUCAAUUUAAGGCAGAAAGGAGUUAAUUUGAUCUCAGAAAAGCCCCUGAAACACAAAAUUGCUCCACUGAAAAUAGGUCUAACAAUAACAGAGCCACAGCUGAUUAAUCACAAGAGUUCCUGCUGCCGGUUUAAAGUCUCGGGUUAGCUGGAUCUGAAAAUCCACAAACGUUCUUAUUUGUUCCAUGAUGGUAGCCAACUCAAAUACAUUUCCUCUCUAACAUUUUGUCUACUUUGUCUCCUUCUAAUAUACUAAAACAGUACAUUUUCAAAUCUUAGAAAGGUUUCUGGACAGAGCUACACAAUUUGACCCUAAACGUCGCGACAUAUGGAGUACUAGGUCCACUGGGGAGCAAUUGUAAAAAGGCAUGUUACAAGAGGAUUUAGUCAUUUCAGAAGAAACAGCCUCACAAUUCAUAAUCGAUCAUAGGGCUGCAACUAACAAUUAUUACUCUAGACAAUUCAAUCAAUCAUUAUCAUACACUUUAAAUCUCUUGUUCAGUCAGCCCAGAAUCCACAGAUAUUUAAUUUAAAAUAAAAUAAAAUAAAGAAAGAUAUCCAUAUUUGAGAAGCUGGAAAAAACCUGUUCUGCCAUGUAAAGUUUUUAUUCUUUUGAUCGAUAAUUCGUUGCAGCUCUGAUUACAAACUUCUAUAUUGAGAUAAUGAAGUCAAAGAAAUCUCAAAGAAAACAUAGUUACAUUUUGAGAACAAAGUUUCGAUUAUUUUAAGAUAUUAGAAGUUCUUUAAAUUGUCUGUUAACUUCACACUCAACAACAUAUUACACUACUAAUAAGAGGCUGACAUUCUUGAAAAAGGUGUACGUGAGUUUUUCCAUAAUAUUUAGUACCAAAAUGCCAGUUUUUCUUUUACCCCACAUCAUUUAACCUUUGGUGAAACUCCACCGGGACAGAAUGGUUCAUUAGAGAGCAUGAUGCGAAGAAUAAGCCCCACGUUGUUUCUUCAGGUGAGCUGAGAGCCUUGAAAGAAAGCCACCAGCCACCAACAAAUCUCUGAAUGUUUCACUGUCUGACCGGUAUGCUGCAGAUUACCGACCCGCAGCAGAAGUCUGUUUGUCACCUGUCAAUGUUCUGAACUGGUGGGCUGUUUCUGUGUAUAGGAUCAAGCUGUGCGUUUGUUAAACGGAGGGAAAAAGGCCCUGGAAUACGUUGAUUUCUGAACCCUAACCCUGUUGGCUGUAGUAAACCCAUCAGAACAGAAUCAUGGCUUCAGUUUCUUGUUUGAAGCACGCUCAGGCUUCACAUCAAAUAUGUAUGAUUACAAAGGCUGCAACGAGAUUACUUUUUAUUACACAUUUAUUCUGCUGGUGGUUUCUAGAUAAAUCUUUUUCUUAGUCCAUGGUCGUUAAAUGUAUAUAUUUUUUUAUUUCAAAUCACAUUUUACUUUAUAUGACAUAAAACAUAAAAAUCUAAAUUUUUGAGAAAAAACAGCAUUUCCUGACAUUUCUCCAUGAAACUGCUCAAUUGCUGAUCAAAAAAGGUGGCUAUUAUUUUCCUGUUGUCGAUAAGAGAACAAUUUGUUGCAGCUCUAUGUUACAGUCAGUCAUGUGAGGGUUAAAAAUACUGUUCAUUGACCAUAUUAACAUUACAUUACUAUAAAAAAGACUUGGCUAAUGGUGUCCAUAUGUUUGAUUGUCAGACAUUAGAUUAUUUUGAUGUUCAACAGAAUGCUGUUGGCAAAUCGGUUAUUACAUGAGCACAGAACGAGUUAAAAAUGAUGUUAAGAAAUCAAAGAAUAUUCAUUUUCUCCAAAUAUUUUUUUCUUUAACUUAAAGUUUGGACGUUAGUCAGGAUAAAAAAAACGAACAUUUUCCUUUUAAACUUUAUUUCAUGGUCUUUGAUUUUGUCACCAUUAUAAAGAAAGUUCUAUGUAAUAAGAUUAUAGUUAAAGUGGAAACUGGGGAAUUUCAAAUAAUUGCGUUAUUUUCAUAUGAUUAAUACUUUAUUACAUAGUUAUUUCCAGGACAUCAUAACUCCUUAAGGGACCCAUACAAUAAAGUAAAAUGUAGGUUUUCUGUGGAGUUCACUGAAUAUUUCCACCAUAAAGCAAAAAAGCGCAGCUGGACAUUUCUCUCCUGGUUAGAAUCUGGUUGAGUUAACGUUUCUGUAAAUCGCUACCGUUUUAUAGUUUGAUUUAAAACAAAUGGUUUGGUUUGGUUUCUUAGCUUCUAAAAACCAUUUAUUUGUUAUGUUUGAGUCGAAGAAGACUGAUGAAUGUGUUUUCUGACUGUGGGUGUGAUGUUCAGCGAGUCUGAUGCAGGACUGUACCUUUGUCAAUAAAAUUGAUAAAGGCUUGUCUUGUCUCUGUUGGUUACUGAAUUAUUGCUGCAGAUUUGCAGCUUUCAUUGAACAAAUAAUGUUAUUGUUUUUUAAAUUACUAUUGAUAUUAUAUUUCUAAUAUUUUAUUAAAUAUUUCCUAGUGAACAUUUCUUAACUAACAUCCAAAUAUGUAUCUAAUAGACUAAAAUCCAAUAAGAGGUGUGUCCGUUUCCAGUGUAGUAUUGUGUGUGUGUGAAAUGGCAGCAAAUUAAAUGUCAAUAAAAACUCCUGAAGUUGAAUAAUUA